AUGGCAUCUUCUAGUUUUCUUGCAGUCUUUACGAUUGUCCUUUUAGUACUGUUCUUCGAUGGGAUGGUGCCCAUGCAUGCAGCUUCCCAAAACGACAUCGUUUCCACCAUCUGCAAGAAAACUAGAAACCCUUCUUUUUGCUUUAACGUGUUGAAAUCUGCUGGCACUACAGACCUAAAAGGGUUGGCCACCUUCACCCUGAACCUCGCCCACGACAAGGUUGCUAAAACCCGUGCCCUCGCCCAGUCCCUGGCGUCCAAGGCAGUCGAUCCCAAGCUUAAGGAGCGAUAUGCCACCUGUGCUGAAGAGUACGACGAUGCCGCCGGCGACAUCGAGGAUGGGAAGAACGACUUGGGGAAAGGUGACUACAAUGGCGUCAACAUUAAGGCGUCUGCAGCCAUGACGGAGGCCGGCGAUUGUCUGGACAGCUUCACGCAGCCGCCGAAGGACCGAUCGGCGCUGUCUGGCAACGGGAAGACUGUGGAAAAUAUUUGUAGUAUCAUCUUGGUUAUAGCCAAUCUUCUUCUUAGGCGUGCCUAA